GAGAAUCAUUUUAUAAUAAACGUUCGUUGGCAGCAGACGCAUUUUGAUCGUUGAAAACAGAAAAAUAAGUUGUGAAAAAUUAAAAAUUUAUUAAAACUAAUCAUUAACAAAUAAAGUAUUUAUUAAAAUAUUUAAACUAAAAGUUAUACACUUUAUAAAUAAUUAAUGAAAAGAAAACAAAUUGGCAAAGCGAACUUGUUUCACUCGUAUUAACAAAAAAAAAACGUAUCUAAAAUCCAUAGAAGAUAAACUGCAAAGAAAACGGAAAAAAGUGUAUCUGUAUCUAUAAAAUAUCCGAAAAUUUAAUAGAAAAAAAUUAGAACACACUUCCAGUCUACAAAUUAAUCAAUAAAAUACUACAACACAAACUAUUUUAGAAAAAUUAUUAAACUUUAAACACAAGCCAAAAAGAAAUUUCUUAAUAAUUGUGUAACAACUAUUAGCUGAACAAUUUUAAAAUAAUUAAAACAAAAAAAAAACACUACUCAUUAUAAGAAUAAUAGCAACAAAAGAGAAUAUCAAAUAAUAUUUAUUAAUGAAAGCAAAAAAAAUUAGCAAAUUAGCGAAAAUAUUUUUGUAUUAAAUUGUACAAAAAUCAAACAAGCAAAUAAUAAAAUAUUUGAAAUAAAUCAAUAAAAUCGAUUUUCAUUGUUGCAAAAGAAAAAAAGAACACUCCCCGUGGGUUAAGUACAAAAAAAGCAAAAAGGAAAAUACAAAAAAAGAAAUUAGAAGUGAACCAAAACCAAACGUACGUCUACGUCCGCCAUCAUAGUUUACAUACAAAAAGCAACAACAAACAUCAUUUUUGUCUAACAAAAAUUGGAAAAAAAAACCUAGUAAAACAGCUCUAAUCAACGUCUGCGUCUGCUGAUUUUACAACACACGCAAACUCAUACCAUCAUAUAUAUACACACACACAACCAUACAAACAAAACUAACAACAAAAACCUAACAAAUACAAAUCGUGGGAGAGUGGAAAACGAGAUUGAUAAUACAAAUCUAGCGAAAUAACAAAAAAAGUUUCAUAUCUUUUAAUAGCAGCCACUACAAAAACAAAUACAAAGCAAAAUGGAUUUCAUUAUGGCUAGUCCCGGAAAUGAUAAUCAAACAGCCAUUAUGCCGGCUACAAAUGCCGCUGCCGCCGCCGCUGCUGCAGCUGCUGCGGCAGCCGCAGCGGCCGCUGCAUCUCCAGCACAUGCGGCCGCCGCACAAUUGCAACAACAGCAGCAGGUGCAGCAAGCCAUCUUACAAGUGCAACAGCAGCAAACACAACAGGCUGUGGCUGCAGCAGCUGCCGCUGUUACCCAGCAGUUGCAACAAAAUCAAGCCAAUGGCAACACGAAUGGCGCCACCAAUGGCUCCACCGAGACACGCACCAAUCUCAUUGUCAACUAUUUGCCCCAGACCAUGACGGAAGACGAAAUCCGUUCGCUAUUCUCCAGUGUGGGUGAAAUUGAGUCGGUAAAAUUGAUACGCGACAAAUCACAGGGUUUCAUGGAUCCCCUAAAUCCCCAACCAUCAUCCAAGGGCCAAAGUCUAGGCUAUGGUUUUGUGAAUUUUGUGCGGCCCCAAGAUGCUGAACAGGCGGUCAAUGUACUAAAUGGUUUACGUUUACAAAACAAAACCAUUAAGGUGUCAUUUGCUCGACCCUCGUCGGACGCCAUCAAAGGGGCCAACUUGUAUGUGUCUGGUCUGCCAAAGGCCAUUACACAACAGGAUUUGGAACAAAUCUUUGCUCCCUAUGGUCAAAUAAUUACAUCACGCAUUUUGCAAAAUGCCGGCAAUGAUAUACAAACCAAGGGUGUUGGAUUCAUACGCUUUGACAAACGCGAAGAGGCCACCAGAGCCAUAAUAGCUUUGAAUGGCACUACCCCACCCAAUUGCACCGAUCCCAUUGUGGUGAAAUUCUCCAAUACCCCUGGCAGCACAAGCAAGAUCAUCCAACCCCAAUUACCGGCCUUUUUGAAUCCCCAAUUGGUAAGGCGCAUUGGCGGUGCCAUGCACACCCCCGUUAACAAAGGUUUGGCCCGUUUCUCGCCCAUGGCCGGCGAUAUGUUGGACGUUAUGUUGCCCAAUGGUUUGGGUGCGGCAGCAGCAGCGGCCACUUCUCUGUCCAAUGGUCCCGGCGGUGCUUUUCCUAUUUUCAUUUACAACUUGGCUCCCGAAACUGAAGAGUCUUCGCUGUGGCAACUAUUUGGCCCCUUCGGUGCUGUGCAAUCGGUGAAAAUCGUCAAAGAUACCACAACAAAUCAAUGCAAAGGUUAUGGCUUUGUAUCAAUGACCAACUACGAUGAGGCAGCUAUGGCUAUUAGAGCUUUGAAUGGUUAUACACUGGGUAAUCGUGUUUUACAAGUCAGUUUUAAAACCAACAAACAAAAGUAAAUUUUACAUAAUUCUUUUUUUGCUCUAAUUUCUAAUAAUUAUUAAACGUAAACAUAAAUUUUUCACUCUAAAGAAGAAAAAAAAGAAACGUAUUGAAAAACGAAAAUCCACACAUAACAUACAUACAUACACAUUACAUACAUUUAAAAACCGACAGACAUGAAAAUAGAAAUAUCUAAAACCCUUUAAAAUACAUACAAAUAUAAAUAUACAUAGAGAUAUAUAGAUAUUAAAAUAUGACAUAAUGUGAGAGAAAGGUAAACAGAA